AAUAAGCGCUCAGCUUUCCCUUUGCUGCUGCCGCCGCUGCUGCUGUGUGCACACGCACAAUAUCACGACUCAGCAGCACAGCAGCGACCGCAACAUGCAAGCGUCAUCACUCUUCUGUUCUGCACGUCCGUGCGGCUGCAACUCUUCUUAAAUGAGCUGAAAUGUCUUAAAGGAUUUGCGUCCUCUCUGCGGAUCUGACGCACAGCCACUGGACUUCUUAAUUCACUCAAAGAUGCGCAUCCCGAUUUCGUGCUGCGUUUAGGAACUUGACAUCUUGUGUGAAAUGCACCUCGCGCUCUUUUGUGGACUUUUUUUUUCCAUCUCCGAAACAGUCCCAGCAACAAUGACCAUGUCGAGUCGACUCCGCGGACGCUUUGCUGCGUGUCUGCACCUGUGCAGGUGGACGCUCGCAUGCACGCAGCUACAGGUGAAUGAAGAAGUGAUCGACUAAACUGCUCUUGGUUCGACCGCCGCUUCGUCACGAUGGACCUCAAGGUGGACAGGGAAGACGCGGACGCUGAUCACCCUCCAACGAUUGAAGUUUUCGCCCACAGGUCCACCUUGCACGGCAUCGCGCACAUUUUCACUUAUGGGCGCUUUUGCUUCAGACGAUGCCUUUGGCUGGUCGUCUUUUUCGCCUCUUUAGCCGUAUUGCUGUUCGUGUGCGUGGACCGGAUCCAUUUCUACCUGGAGUAUCCUCACGUCACAAAACUGGACGAGGUCGCCACCCCGAUCAUGACGUUCCCCGCGGUCACUUUUUGCAACCUGAACGCCUUCCGUUUUAGUCGAGUGACACGCAACGACUUGUAUCACGCAGGGGAGCUGCUGGCGCUGCUUAACCACAGGUAUGAGAUUCGAGACAUUCACCUUGUGGAGGAGAGCGUUUUGGAGAGCCUGAAGGUCAAAGCUGACUUCCACAACUUCAAGCCACGACCUUUCAACAUGCUGGAAUUCUACGACCGCACUGGGCACGACAUCCAUGACAUGCUCUUGUCUUGUCACUUCCACGGCACCGAGUGCAGAGCAGAAGAUUUCAAAGUGGUCUUUACUCGCUAUGGCAAAUGUUAUACCUUUAACGCUGGGGGUAAUAAUCGUCCUCCUCUCAUAACCACCAAAGGGGGGAUGGGGAAUGGACUAGAGCUCAUGUUGGACAUCCAACAGGACGAGUACCUGCCCGUGUGGGGAGAAACAGAUGAGACGUCAUUUGAAGCUGGGGUCAAAGUGCAGAUCCACAGUCAAGAUGAACCAUCCUUCAUCGAUCAGCUUGGUUUUGGAGUGGCUCCUGGAUUCCAAACUUUUGUCUCCUGUCAGGAACAGAGGCUGAUAUAUCUACCACCACCCUGGGGUGACUGCAAGGUGACACCCAUGGACUCUGAAUUCUUUGAUACUUACAGCAUCACAGCCUGUCGUAUUGACUGCGAAACACGCUACCUAGUGGACAACUGCAACUGCCGCAUGGUGCACAUGCCAGGCGAUGCACCCUACUGCACCCCAGAGCUGUACAAAGAAUGUGCUGAUCCUGCUCUUGAUUUCCUGGUGCAGAGAGAUAAUGAUUUCUGUGUUUGUGAAACACCAUGCAACAUAACCAGAUACAGCAAAGAACUGUCCUUUGUAAAAAUUCCCAGCAAAGCCUCUGCUAAAUAUCUUGCAAAGAAAUACAACAAAUCUGAGCAGUACAUUAAGGACAAUCUCCUGGUUUUGGACAUCUUUUUUGAGGCUCUCAACUAUGAAACUAUUGAGCAAAAGAAAGCUUAUGAAGUGGCUGGACUAUUGGGUGAUAUUGGUGGUCAAAUGGGACUUUUCAUUGGUGCUAGCAUACUUACCAUUCUGGAGAUUUUUGACUAUCUUUAUGAGGUGAUAAAGUACAAGCUGUGCCGCUGCUCUGAUAAAAAGCACAAACACAACAACAGCGAUCAGGGUACUGUGUUAAGCCUUGACGAUGUCAAAUGUCACGUCAGUAACUUCCAUUAGGUGUCCUACAUUUCAGAGUCUCUAUGGACUUUGCUUAGAGCUUUGAGGAAAAAAAGCAGAGUGUCUCAACUGUGACUGAAUUUGAGGCAAAAAUGGAGAGAAGGACAUGCAGAAGGACUGCAGUGACUUUUUAAGUAUUGGAUGCCAAUCUCAUAUGGUUCUUUGUCACAUACAGCAGCAACAAAGAUCUUCAAAUAAAGACAGGGCUCCAGACUGUUUUUUUUUUUUUUUACCAGGAGCAGUGGCCUCUAAGCUGAAAUUUGCAGGGCCGCACAAUGUAAAUGAACGGACAAAGUAAACAUUUACAAUUGCACGAGCUCAUUUGUGCAUUAUUGCCAACAACUGUCUUUCUGUUUGAACCAAAAUUAGUUGGUAACAAAAAAGGUUUUUUUUUUUAAAUUGAGGAUUUUCUUUAAUUACUGCAUUAAAAAAAUAUAUAUAUAUAUCUGAAGCCUAUCAGUUGACAAGUAAAAGUGGAUUCAAAUUUUAUAGUGAAAGUGAAGUGUUUUUGGCGAAGAAUGCAGAGGUGGGUAGUAAUGUGUUAUAUUUUCUCCGUUACAUUAACUUAAGUAACUUUUGGAGGAAAAUGUACUUCUAAGAGGAGUUUUACCACACCAUACUUUUUUACUUUUACUUGGGUAGAUUUGUAAAAAAGAAAUGCUACUCUUACAUAACUACUUUGGGCUAUUCUAGAGUCGUUACAUUUUUCUUCUUUUUUCUACAUAUUAGAUUUAGAUUAUAGAACUUUUUUUUUUUUUGACGGCAAUGCCAACAGUGGCUCAACCACUUUCACCAAUGAGACAUCACAACAAAAAUCACAUGACUCAAUGGCUAGGUUUAUACCGCAGGUCUUAAUGCACAAAUCCGAUUUUUCUUCAUAUCUGUUUUUUUGGGCGUGCCCGUUCUGACUGCCUUUUUCCAAUGAGCAUCUAAAUUUAGUACGCAUGCGCACUAAACUCGCAGUCCGACACACAUUGAGCAAACUGACCUGCAUGCACUGACGCAUCAAAACAAGUGACAACACAUGCUGGCUCUACGUUAUUUUAGGGUGAUCAUAUUUUGAUUUCCAAAAAAGGAUACAAAUAACAGGCAUAAAUAAUCCCUGUUUAGUCUUAUAUUCAAAGUUUAUAUGGAUUGUGCGUGCAUGACGCACACACAUAAGGGCAGUUUACCCCGACUCUCGGCCAUGUAAGCUAAUUGAAAUAUUGCUCAUUUGGUGCACAGAAAGAAAACCGAGCAUUCUCAGGUUUGGCCACCCAUUAUAUUUUUAUUUUUUUUUAAUGACUUGUCAAGCCUGCCGUGUUCCUAAAAGCUGAGUUCAAGCUCGGUGCUAACGUUAAUGCACAUCUCCAUAGCUGCCGUAGCUCCCUGCUUCACUUGCUUUUUGCUGAAGUAAUUGCUAAAUGACUUCCAAUUUGGGAGACUUGGCAGUUCAGACCGCAGUCACAUUCCGGAAAAAUGUUGCCCAGAUUGGAUUUUAACCAUAUGUGAGAGUGGCCUAGAUCGGAUUUGAAAUGGUCCACUUUUAUGCGACCUGUCCCGUUUAGACCGUCAAGUUAAUGCCCAACUCGAGACGGAAAACCACGAAAAAAAUUUUGGAUUUGUGCAUUAAGACCUGCGGUAUGGAACAAGCCCAUGAUACCAAUCAGACGUAACAAUACAGUCACAUGACUAUGCGCAAGCUUGCAUUUGGAAGUCCUAUGAUCAGGCCGGCCUGUUCAAUCACGUGGUGUCUUUCAAGCACCAUAUAAGAUACGCUAUUUGGCAUAGAGCAUGUCAUGGUUUGAGUUGAGUGUCCUACUGUGUCUUGUCCUUGUGAUUGCCCAUUGGCAGAGGUGGAUAGCAACGCGUUACAUUUACUCCUUUAUAUUCACUCGAGUAACUUUUCAGGAAAAAUGUACUUCUGAGAGUAGUUUUAGUAAGCCAUAGUUUUUACUUGAAUAGAUUUGUGAAGAAGAAACGCUUCUCUUAUUCCGGUACUUUGGGCUACACUAGUUACAUUUUUCCUCUUUAUUCCAUAUAUUGGAAUUUACUUUUUUUCCCCCAGAGACGCCAACAGUUGCUCAACUAGUUUCACCACUGAGACAUCGCAAAAAUAAUCACAUGACUCCAUUACACUAUUCUUUCUUGUAAUCAAGUUUGCCGUUCUCUGAUCACGCCAGCCUAUUCAAUCAGGUGGUGUUUUUAAAGCACUGUAAAAAAAAUGCGUAUUUGACAUAGCCACCAACAUGACUCAAAAGCGCAGAUUUUGAUCUCUGUUUUUAUUUGGCGACAAUUGACCACGGAAAACCAGGAGGUAUGCUCGUUUUAGUUUCAUAAUAGGAAAUAUGUUUUCCUCUCUAGACGACACUCAGGCUCUUUGGACGAAUAAUGCUUAAUUUCUGUAGAUUUUUUUUCCUUCCUGGAAUUGAAUGUUUUGGGGGGGGGGUGUAUUUCUUUGGCUUAACGUGUUUAUGUAAUAUGUUAUAGCACAGUAUAAUAAUAACAGUUCAUAAUUGUGCUGAAAAAGAAAAUACAAUUGUUAAAAAAUCAAACAUCUUAAGCAGUUACUCAAAAUGUUACUCACACUUGAGUAUUCUUUUCACCAAAUACGUUUUUUACUUGUACUUGAAUAAAUUUUUGGGAUGGCUACUUUUACUUGAGUAAUAUUAUUUUGAAGUAACGCUACUCUAACUUGAGGAAAGUUUAUGGCUACUCUAUCCACCUCUUUUGCUCGUCCCGUUCACUCAUAUCUGUAUUGAAGCUUCCCAUGUGCUGUCCCUUCUUGUUGCCUCAUUCUCAUUCUGCAUCCAUGCCCUGGUUGUUCCUGUAUCCCCGUAAGAAGCUUUGUGGCCCAGUCUUGUGUUCACCUCUUGAGUUUGGUUUGUACUUUGCUUUCUGGGCUUUAGUCUGUACUUUUUUUUUUGUUCACUUGAAUUAAAACAUUUUUUAGUUAUUCACUACGGCGCGGAUUUCAACCUCUCUCCCAGUUUUUAUCGUGCACCGAUAAACACGGAAAAACGGAGAUAUGAUCGUUUUAAUUUCAUGGUAGGAAGUGUUUUCUCCGAUCGAGGGCACUCAUGCGCUUUGGACUAGUGAUUUUUCAUUUUCUGUAGAUUUCUAGUCCGAAUUAGAUGAUUUUUGUGUAUUUUUUGAUGUUACGCUGAAAGAAAAAUUAUACUGUUUAAGGAAAAAAAACUAAUUUCUUGAGUAUUCUUUUUUACCAAAUAUUUUUUUCACUUAUACAUGAGUAAAUCUAUUGAAUGCCUACUUUUACUUGAGUUUAAUUUUAAUUUUGAAGUAACACUACUCUUGUUUGAGUAAAAUUUUGGCUACUCUACCCACCUCUGGCAAAAUGCCACCAUUUAAGGGCAGUCUGGAGCCCCAGCAAGCAUGAACAAAAUCAUUCCAGUCUGUUUGGUUUAUCCAUGUAAAAGAAAUUUGUUGUGUGGUUUUUGUAAAAUAAUUGAUUUCAAAGUCAUUUAUACUUGAAGCGUGCAUGCAAGCUUUAUUGACUUUUCAACAAUCAAUCUCCCAUUUUUAUUUUCAUGCCACUGCAGUCCAAAUUUAGCCAUUAUUAAAACUCCUGAAAACACUUUAGAUUUCUACCUCAUUGUACAAGUGACUAAAAUGAGCAAAAAGACACAACCUCAACAAUUGUAUUGAAAUGGUAACAAUGGAAAAUACAACGUUGGUACCAUCAACAUUUAAAGAGCAGCCGUUGUAGAUAUUCUUAAAGGUUCUUCAGAGUAGGGAAAAAAAUCUAAUUAUUAGCUGCCAUUGCCAGGACUAAAUGUCCAAUCCAGUUUGUCUGGGAGAACAUGAGCAUAUACAGCCAGAUCCCCCACUUUAAAUUAAUUUGAUGUCAAUUGGACAUUAGUGGUAUAAUUUCCCUCUCUAAAAAUUUUAACUUGCAGGUGUUUGUUUUGUCAACGGAUUGAUAAUGACAAUAAAUUGUUGAAUGUCUCAUCAGCUAGGGCUCAAGUCGCAUGUAGCACUGGCGAGCAGUCAAAAAUACCAUCUGUCAAUGAACUGUCAACGUCCUAAUGAGGUUGUAUACUGAUAGCAUGUUUAUUGUUGUGCAAUGCUAUGUCCAAAGGCUGCCGCUGAUAUCGGACAAGUCCGUAUUGUUUUUAGCAGUGCCUGUUUGAAAGUUUGACUCUUAUAAUAUUUGGUUGUAUAUUAUUUAGAAUGUACUGUAUAGUCUCAGUCAUUUAUAAAUGCUAAGCUACAAUAACUAAACCACGAGACAUGAAAACAAAAAAAAAACAUAUAAAAGCAUUAUUUUAGCAUUAUCUCGAUUGUAAACUACUGUGUUGAAUUUGCUAUGAAUCUCUUUUCUGUAUAAUGGCAUCAGUAAACAACAUGGCUAUUUAAGGAGCAAUAUGUAAGAUUUGCACUUCAAUUAUUUGUUCAAUGGCCCUUUUAUUUCAUUAGAGAAACAUGUUUUUUGGAAAUAUGUCAAACACAAUUCUCAGUAGUUUCCCAUUUUAAAAGUCAAUUUCAGCCCGUUUUAGUUGCUUUGAUUCUGUGUUUACAAUUUCCCUACACCAAACAGCCAAUUACAAGAUAAAGUCUUUGUCUUUGUCCAUUUCCGCAGGUUUCAUAAACUAAGGUUGCAGAAAUAAGACGAGGAUAUCAGGGGCAUAGGUUUGCAUAGGGACCGAAGAGACAUAACACUACCUACUUCUCAGGAUGCACAAACAGUCCCCACCAAUUUUAAGCAACCUUAGUUGCAUUAUAUAAUGAGUUCAGGUAUAUAGGUAAUUUAGAUUGUGUUCCCAGAUGUCGUAAGGUUAGAAUUGACCCUUAAGUGAAUUAUUCCCAUUAAGUUCAGACUUACAUUUACCCCUUUUCACUUGCUGAAUGUGCCUGUCCAUUUUUCCCCCUCAAAUGCACAUUUGAUUGGCUGAUGACUUGCAUUUAUUUUAAAUGUAUAUAUUUUCUACAUUAUUUAUUCAAUUACAUUAUUUAUUCAAAAAAUAUUUUUAUUUGCAUCCUAUGCAGACAUUUCUUCAGCUAAUCAUACAUUAAUCAUAACUGAAGUAAAACGUUUUCAUUUUUUGUUUUGUUUCUUUAGUAGAUUUUGAAAACAAAGGUUUGAAUCGAACUGUGUAUCACCUGAACCAAUACACAUGAAAGUUAGUAUAAAUCAAUACAGAUUUAUUUUGCAUUGAUCAUGUAGCCUAUCAAUCAAGGGCGUGGGUUUGCAUAGGGACAGUAGGGACAGAACACUACCAACUUUUCAGGAUGCUCAAAUUGUCCACACCAACCUUUAAGCAAAUUUACAGUAUAUGUAUUAUAUAAUGAGUUCAGUUAAUUUAGAUUGUCUUCCAAUAUGUUGUAAGGAUACAACUGACUCUACCAUUAUUAAGUGAAUUAUUUGUUAAAACUUACAUUUACCACUUUUCACUUGCUGAAUGCGCCGGUCCACCCCCCCCCCCCCCCAACGCACAUUUGAUUAGCUGAUGACCUGACCCACCCCCAACACACACAUGCACGCUCACACUCACACAGCCCCUACAGAAAUUCAUGUCGACAACAUGCCACCUCCUCCACCCCCUUCGAAGAGGAAGGAUAUUAAAAGUUUUUUUUUUUUUUCGCCCAGCAGCAUCCAGUGUAAGUAAGAUAAAAAGACACCAAUGUUGUGGAGAUGGGAAACACACUACUAAUUUUGCUACUGAAAGUCCGACCUGUAUCAGAGUUGGCAUAACAUUAAACUAUGUGAACUUGCUAACCUGCUAAACUCGAGUAGGAAGCUGCUAAGAGCAGGGGUGAAAGUGGGCCAGAACGGUCAGGAACGCAGUUCCGGUAUAAGAUUUAGGGCCAGAACGCAGUUCCGGUAUAAGAUUCAGGGUCAGAAUGCUGUUCCGGUAUAAGAUUCAGGGUACACGGUGCUUAGAUUCCGAAAAUAUGACAGCAACUGUCAAAACGCUAUGUAAAAAAAAAAAAUGCUAAGCUGCCACACAUGCAUUUCAGCUCCAAGAAGAAAACAUCAGAUUUACAUACACAAGUGUUAACAACAAGCAUAAUAAAGUCCUUGUGUAACGUAAUCCGUUUCCACCAAUAUUUAUUAUUGAUUUUAUUCCACGGACGGCAUGGAGGUUUCCCCAGCUGCUGCAGUUAUCUGAGUCUGAUGAUGAUGAGUCACGUCAAUGUGCGAAUGCACGCAGCAAAGCAAAAUGCCUGGGCUCAUUUAUCCGUUCAAUUGGCUGACAUACUGACAUGUGAUCAGCAGAGAUGGUUGGCUCUGAUUAGUUCAAAUGUGCCUGUUUUCUGGAACAGCAAGAAGAAGAAAAAAAAAAAAAAAGCUUGUUGAAAUGAUGCGACAAAAAACCGGCAAUGCAACAUACAAUGGAUCAAAUCUUUAAGCGCAACAAAAGAGUUGAGGAGGCUUAUUUAUCAUAUUUAGUUGCUCUGAUGGGGAGGUUCAGAACAUCUUAGCUGUCAAUGUGCACUUUGUACUUAUAUUUGUUCUUUAUGUUAGGCUACUUAUUCAUUUCCUUGUAAUUUAAAAAAGUCAAUGCUUGUGCGAUCAUCAAAAUAUAUUCCAUUUCACUCUGCAUAAUAUACUGUAAGUCAUUUGUACUUACUUAUCUGAAUGUAUGGUAUUUAUAUCUUUAUUAUUAAAAAAAAAAAAGUAAAAAGUAACUUUCAUUACAUUAACUAACUAUAGUAUAUAUCCUAUGUUCUUAACUGUUAAAAUUGAGAUUUUGCAUUUAGUAUUUGAGGAAAUGAGGGAAAAUAAAGAAUAGGAGAUGGAGGUUGGGGUUAUAGCUGUUUUGUUAACUUUUAUUUUGCACAUCAUUGAAAAAAUACAAUUUUGAAUGAAAAAUAAAUAUAGAAAAUUUCUGGCUCUGUGGCGACCUUCACAUCGGGGAGUUCCGGCAAGAAAUUCUAGCCACUUUCACCCCUGGCUAAGAGAGAAGUGUCCUACUAUUUGUGGUUUCUACCGUUAACGUUAAUUAAACUGUGAGAAAUGUAGUGAACUCUGCUGGAAACUAUAGAACCAGAAAAACGUUAGCAAGAAGGUGCUUACAGAGAGACAGGUGCUGCGUAACCUCAUAUGUUGCUCAGUGCUCACACAACACAAGAUGCACACCACAUAAUCAUAAUUAACUACUGUAUGUACAUAAAAAAAGAGCUACCCACACUAGCGUUGCGAUCGACUGGUCGAUUGUGAUUGACAUAAUGAGCCCCCCCGAUUUAGCAUAGCAAUUAGGUUAAUAUUCAUGAGGAAUGUAGCCCUGCCCCCAUUCACCCAAGCUGUUUGGUCUUAUUAAUGUCCCAUCCCAGGCAAAAAGUGUACAUGCAGGUUAUGCUGUUAUAUUGUCCCUUGAGACCAAACCUACUCCCUUGCUAUCAAUUAAUUAGCUUCAAUCAAUCGGUUUGGCCUUAUUAAUGUCCCGUCCCCAGCAAUAAGUAUACAUGCAGGUUAUGUUGUUAUAUCGUCCCUACCAAUGUUGGGACCAAGCCUACGCUCUUGAAGGAUAUGCAUGCAUGGUGCACUUGUACUAAAAGUAUGUUUACUUAUACUGCAAAAUCGUGAACUUAAUUGAACUCAACUUCGGUUACUUGUACUACAAGUAUGUGUAUUUACAUGUCCUUGUACUACAAGUUUGGGUUUUGCGUUUACUUAAACCACAAACAUGUUUUUGCAUGUGCUUAUCUUCAAGUAUGUGUACUUGUACUCCAAGCAUAUAUACUUGUAGUACUAUAAGUAAUUUGUAGUACUUGUGUGUAUUUGUACUACAAGUAUGUUAACUAGUUUUAAAUGUAUAUGUUCUAGUACUCCAAGCAUGUGUACUGUACUUGUACUAGAAGUAUACCGACCAGCACAGCAAGGCUACCCACGCAAUUUCAGCAAAAAUUGCAUUUUCUAGUUUCUGAUUGAAAUGAUUAUGUAUGAUGAUACAGCUUUUUUUCUCCUUUGCGAGGCACUUAUCUGGCAGCUCAAAGUGGAUAGAAUGUUGUGCGCUUCUAUACUUCUGGUUGCAGUACGAUUUUUGGCCACCAAUCUUACAUAUCGCUCCUUUAAGGUUUACUUUUAGUUUUGUGGCUAUAGGUCAGAGCUUCUUAUAAUAAUGUAAAUUACACGGCUAUAUUGUGCUGUGCAGUGACUGCUGCAUGAAACUUUCCACAUCAUCACUGUCCAAAGAAAAGCAUUCAUCUCCAAAUGUUAUAACGCUUUGUUUGCUUUUUGAACUAUCAAUACUGUACAUAACUCAAUAACGCAAUUUGAAAAUACAUGCUUUUAUUAGACAGGGUGAGUUAUUUUAGGGCUUUUAUUUUGUUGUGAUAGUCUGAUGACAUUGAAUAAAUAAAGUUCAAGUAUUAAUGUUACCUUUUAUUCAA